GCGAUGGGGAUUAUCCUUGGACUUCAACCUCUGUCGGGAUUGGGAUGAACUCGAAGUGCUUAGGCCGCGGCUCGAGGGGUCGAAAGGCCUGUGUCACCUCUGGGAGUGCUUCUUGUUCUCCUUCUUAAAGUCCAGAUUCCUGCCUGGCGCUCGCGAAGCUCGCCAAACAUAACUGAUCCCCUGCUCGCGGUCUCUGUCUAACACGAUCACUGCCAUGGCUCCUAAACGAGGCAAAGAAAGCCUUCUUGACCUUUGCUCUCGAGCGACAGUCUCGGGCAAUGGCAUCUCUGUACGUAUGCUCGAGUACAUGAGCACAGCGAAACAUCAACCUCAUGGCUUUCGUGAGCUCGCUACCGAGUUUCUGGAGGUCUCUCGAAUCUUGUGGUCUAUUGAGGCGGGCCUCUUGGAGUCCACCCGCACCCAGAAUCGACUGCCCGCCGACAUGGUCCAAGAGCUCGACAAAAAGUUCCGCCAAACCAAUGACGAGUUUUUGGUCUUGAAUCAGCUUUUAGCCAAAUUCCUCGACUACGAGAGAAAGAAGGGCUUUGGCAAGCUCUCAAAAAGCUGGCACAUGAUGUUUGUCGACACCGACAUCCAUAAAAUGAGAGACUCGCUCGAGAAGAGUCGCGAAGCUCUUCGCAUGAGUGCCCUUGUCUUCCGGUGGUCUUUAGGAGAUGACAGGGUCGAUGCUUCUGCAGGCAUUGGCUACACCGGCCUGGCUGCGGCUCUUGAUCGCAUGAAUAACACCAGAAUCCAUUCGCUGUCCACAGCCCAGGAUUCGUUGCCGGAUCAUGCACAAACUCGAGAGGCCCAGGUGUCUGAAAUCCCGGAUCGGCUGCCACCACUUCCGUCACUUCCUGCGACCGAAAGAAUCACAACGUACAGCCUCUUCCCCAAACAGGAUCCCGACAGGCCCGAAGAAAGUUCAGUCGCUCCAUCAACCGUCCCUACGACUGCUACUCUCACCUCGCAGUCUGACCGUCAUAGCUUGAGGCCGGCGCCGAGCACUCGAUCCAGUAAACUCUCGCAGUCAACGGCAAGAGAACACUCUCUCUCCAAGGGAGGGGUGCAUGCCAAUGAAGAGGUGAUUCCCGAGGACCAAGUGACAGUCCAAGAUAUGGACUCGUUCUCGCAAAUUGAAGAGAUGAUUCACGAGAUUCAACUCGAUGAUAAACAUUCCAGUCAAGGCACAACCAUCAAGGCAGACUCUACGUCGGCUGAAAGGUGGACUCCAAAGCAAACAUCUGGUGCAAACUCGACGGCAUUGCGCUCAUCCUUGGUCAGCGCUGUACAACAACGAAAACACAAGAUGAUUGAACAGCUUCUCGACUGCGGUGUGCCACCCGAGAACCCGGAGAUCAACUUGCUUCGAGAGGCUGUGGUCAACAGGGAUCUCGAAAGUGUUCGUCUGCUCCUGUUGUUCGGCGCUGAUGCAAAUGGCUUGGACAAAAAUCGCCUCACACCUCUGUAUUCAGCAACUGAGCUCUCUUUUGUCGACAGCGCUCGAUUCCUCAUCAAGUAUGGUGCAGAUCCCAAUCUUCCUGCCGGCCCUGACGCAGAGUCUCCAUUGGCCUCCGCCGUCACGGACAACAAGCUUGAAUUAGUGAAGUUGUUCCUCACCUACGGUGGAGAUGCCAAUCUUGUGACCGCCGAUGGCUCCACUCUUCUCCUGAAGACUAUCAGCAAGACAUCGUCUAAGCAGAUGGUGGAGUUGCUUCUCAACUAUGGGAGCGAUCCAAACGGUAAAAGUACAGAGGGCGUCAGUCCUCUAUUCGAGGCUAUUCAGGCUAAGCGAUUGGACCUGAUUGAGCUUCUCCUCGCAAACAAAGCCGACCCCAAUCUCCCUGGACCAAAACACCCCAUCUGGCCAUCGACAUAUAACGCCAAAAUACUGCAACUGUUGUUGAGCCAUGGGGCCAAGACGAAAAGGGCACCCGGCUGUUUGGAACUCGCCACCAGCGUCAAUAAUAUAGAGUCUAUCCGCAUCUUGCUUGAUGCCGGUGUGGAUCCAAACACGCGCAAAGAUGGGAUCUACACCCCACUCUGUUCUGCGAUUCGAGACGACCGUAGUGAGCUGGUAACGCUGCUAUUGUCAAGAGGAGCCGACCCUAACUUCAUGGCCUCCGAGCAUCCAGCCUGGAAGUGUGUAACUCACAAUCGGACGCACUUGCUCCCUCAGAUCAUUGCUGCUGGCGCAGACAUUCACAAACCCAAGGGUAUUCUCGAGAAAGCUGUCGCGCACAACAACCGUGACGCCCUAGUGUACCUCCUAGAGAAGGGUGCAAACCCCAACGAUCGGACCUCGGAUGGCCACACUGCUCUGACAACUGCUAUUCAAGAAGAGCGUAUAGAAAUGAUCGACCUGCUUCUCGCAAACGGCGCCGACCCCUCCAUUCGAGGCAAAGAUUGGCCCAUCUGCAUGGCAGUGAGACAACCCGAAAUACUGAAGAAGCUUCUUCCUGCCCUGCAUAACCCUCGUUCCGUCAAGGGUGUGAUGGAAAUGGCCGUCGUUGCCAACCAACUCGACAGCAUCAAGAUGCUCUUAAAGGCGGGCAUUAGCGUCGAGGACAAGAAUGGAGGCGUCUUCUCCCCACUGACCACGGCCAUUCGUGAGGAUCGUAAAGAGAUUGUUCGAUAUUUGAUCGACGAAGCCGGGGCCGACAUCAACGCUCCGGGAGAACAUCUUCCCAUCGUCAAGUCCAUCCGAAGAUACAAAGGCGGCGAUACCGACACCAUUGAAUUCCUGCUGUCCCGAGGCGUCGACAUUAACAAGAUGUACCGCGGGUGGAAUUCGGUCCUGCAGGCUGUCGAAAGCGGCAAUGCCAAAAUCCUUCGCCUUCUUGACGAGCAGGGAGGUGGUAUCAAUCUUCAAGUCAAGGACGACAACGGCAGAACUGCCGCUGAGAUCAUGGUCGAAGCCGGUUGGGAAGAGGCGUAUAACGCUCUGCUCGCCGAGUCCGAGUCGGACGGAUCAUCAUCCUCUUGAAUUCCCUGACCUUAGGGAUUCCAUUGCUCGACAAUCAUACAUUUUCCUUUGUCUUAUGUCUUAUUCCCAGCAAUCGGAGUCACAGACCUGAUGCUUAACAGACUUUUUCUUCGUGUCAUAAGCGAGACUACAGAUGAGAUCCGGGGGGGGGG